GCGGAAAGCACAUCAGCACCGAGCAGCGGCAGCAGCAGCUGUAAGAACAGCUCCCGGCUUUUCGUGCGGAGUUCAUCCCGACUAUCCGCUCCAUCUGCGGGCUACCGGCCGGUCCUGUUCCCGGUGUGGGUUUGUGUGUUAGGAAGCCCGCCACAGCAGGCGUUAAAGCGGCUUACUCCAGGUUAACAGACGGCUGCGAGAUGUUGUGGCUGCUGCUCUGUCUGCUUCCUCCAGUGAGCUACGGCAGGAUCGCUCACACAGCAAGACACAACCACGAGGCGACCGGUGGCACCAUGAUGAGGCCUCACAUCUACUUCUGCCGCUCGCCCAACAUGGAGGACUUCACCUGCUGGUGGCAUCCGCUCAGCAACCUGACAGACGGAGAGGAGGUCACCUACAUCCUCACCUACUCCAAAGAGAAGGAGACCAAACAUGAAUGUCCAGACUACAUAACUGGCGGCCCAAACAGCUGCCACUUCGACAGCAGCCACACGUCUAUAUGGACGGUGUACUGUAUGACUGUGACUGCCGUCACCGCCCACAGAAACUACACCUCCAAGCAGCACUGCCUGGAUGUGGCAGAGAUAGUUCAGACUGAAACACCGGUCAACCUGACCUACAACCUGACGGACGCCGGCGGUGAUGAAAUGGCCCACAACGCCCUGAUCUCCUGGACCUACCCGGUGCCCGCCCACGUGCAGUAUGGUUGGAUCACGCUGGUCUAUGAGCUGCAGUACAGACGUGUCACUGAGCCCGACAACUGGAAGGUGAAGCAUCCUCUGCGUGAGCCUCAGGUGGAGCUGCUCGGACUUCCCGUCGAUGACUACAUGGUCCGAGUUCGCUGCCGCGCACAGCAUUCCAAGCUGUGGAGCGACUGGAGCUCCACACUGUUGAUGAGCAUCCCCCCGAGGUCGUCUGCAAGUAAACUGCUGGUGCUGAUCCUGGUGACUGGAGUCGGCGUUGUGGCUCUGCUUGUUAUCACCUUUAGUAUCGUUCUUCAGAGCAAGAGAAUAAAAGAGUACUUCCUGCCACCUAUUCCAAAGCCGCGGAUCAUCGGCAUUGACCCACUGCUUCUGAAGAAGGGGAACUUGGAUGAAAUCAACCGUCACUUCAGUAACUUCCACAGCUACAGGCCUCCAAGCUACUCUGAGGAAGUCUGGGACCAGGUGAGCGCUGAUGACAUCUAUCUCACCACACCGAAGGACAGCAGCAACCUGUGCAACACCACAGAAUCAGAGAGGGACACCUUAAUAGUUCCCUGUAACCCGACGCCCUCAGAACUGCUCACAGCCCCAAACCCGACGUCAUACGUGCAGAGUGUGCCGCCCUACUGCUCCAUGCCUUCAGAAGCCUUCGCCCCGUCUCUGAAUGUUCCUUCCCCUUGGCCAAUGCCAGAGAUCGUUUCGCUACCUGGAACAGAUUACAGCAUGAUGGAGCAUCCCAGCCUUCCCAACACCAUUCCCGCUCGAGACCUCACUUUUAGCACCAGCCACUCACCGCAGGACUUCUACACCUGCGUCCAGCUCUUGAAUGAAAGUGGGGAAGUGCAUCUGGUGCCGUGCUUGCCGCCGCCGUACUGCCGGGAGUUCCCGCCUCUGCCGAGGGCCAGUUUAGAUGCUGCAGAGAAGGACAAGAAGAAGGCAACCAACCACCAAACUAGGAAGAAUGAUGGCGGCAACUCUGAGAAGAGCGAAGCGGCGGUCCCUCUGCUGCCCGUUGCUGUUGACAACAGCGGCUGAGUGACAGGAAGUAGACCCAAAUACUUUGAAAAAAAUGCAUCCAACACGGAGACUUUUAACAGAUGCAAAAUGAAAUCUGCCGUAACCUGCUGGUUUGACUGGAAGCUGAUCCUGUUCUGUUCUGUCCCAUGCUGUCCAAGCUUCAAAGAAGAAGAACACCUGGUUGACUUCACAACAGGAAGUGAACCUGCAGACUCAAAGAGCCUUUUUUUUUUUUUAGCUUGUUAACGUCCUGAUCUAGUAUUGGAAACUAUUCAACAAACUGUGGACCAACAAUACUGAUGCAAUAAAGAACAUGGUGUUUAGGUGACCAACCAACCUUUGGGCCCUCACAGCUUUUAAAUUUAUGAUUCCACAUGCAGUAUGCUGGAGAAGAAAUCAAAACAUAAAAGAAAGGAAAAAAAUCUAAACUCAAGUAUGCCAUCCAUAACAGCUGGAUUUCCUGAUGAGAUUAACAUUAAAACCUAUGAUUUAUGGGUAAUGAAGUUCAUCAAACUUGAAGAAAGCUGCACCUGUAAAUAAAAGAAUAUAAAGCUUCUCA